CGCGAACCAGAAGCAGCAGAUAGUGUGACAGAUAGCGCAGUAGAAAGCCAGGCUGGAGCCGCGCUGGGAAUAAGGGGCCUGCCAGAGUCAACGCAAGAACAACGCCUUUCUACACUAGCUAAGGAAACCAACAACAGGAGCUACAGAAUGGCACUGGACAUCUACGACACUCAGUACCUUCUCAUCCUGGCCCCCUCCCUGGUUAUUGCCCUCAUGUUCCUCUUCUUCUGGCUCUUCAUGAAGGAAACCUCCUAUGACGAGGUGCUGGCUCGGCAGAAACGCAACCUAAAGCUGCCACCCACCAAGCCAGACCUCCGUAAGAAGAACGAAAAGAAAAAGAGCAAAAAGAAGGAGAGCGCCAGCGGAGGAACAGCUGGAGGAGGCGGAGGAGAGUCAGAGGAGGAUCUGAAGGAUUUUAAUGUGGCUGAUGGCGCAGAGAGCUCCAGUCUGGAGGAGGAACCUGCACCCGUGAUUACCCCGGCACCUGUGGCCUACGAGCCCGUUUCCUUGUCUCCGCCGGCUCCCGUCAGUUUGAGGGAGCGAAAGAAGAAGGAGAAAAAAGCUGCAAAGGCCGCUGCUAAUGCGGCUGCAGCAGCUGCCCUCUCGGAAGAGCUGGAAGUGAACGAUUCCAAGCUGGUCAGCCACAAACCGGAGCUGCAAGUGAAUGCAAGCAAGCCGUUAGGGUCGCCUUCUCCACAGCCUGAGGUCCAGGCUCCGGUCCAGGCUCCGGUCCAGGCUCCGGUCCAGGCUCCGGUCCAGGCUCCGGUCCAGGCUCCGGUCCAGGCUCCGGUCCAGGCUCAGACACCUCCCCAAAUAUCUGGGAAGAAAAAGGAAAAGAAGAAGCAGAAAGUGGAGGCCGUUAAUGUGCAGCAGUCAGAGGUGAAAGCAGAGCAAACUCCAGUACCAAACAAGAAGGAAGCCCCCACUGCAGCAGAAACCAACGUUUCUGAUGCUCCCAGUGGAAAGAAAAGAAACUCUGCCAAGAGGCAAAAGACUGAACCUGUAGACGAAGCCCCCAUUUUGGCGAGUUCAGCCGCUUCUGCAAACCACCAGGCCGCUCAUAAGGAGGAUUUACCAUCCAAAGGAUCUGGCAAGAAACACAAGAAUGAAACUGAUAAAGAGAACGCUGGGCUGAAGCUGAAGGAGCUGCUUUCUGGUCUGUCCAGCCUGGUUCUGUCAGAAGCAGAAGCUGUCAGUGUGCUGGCUCUCAUUGGAGAGAGGAGUCCUAAUGCCUUAGAUGCCUGGCACAAAUCAUCAAGCAGGCCUGACCCCGCCGCCCAGGAACGAGAGAAACUUCUUACCACUCUGCAGGAGGAAGCUUCCAUCGCCAAAGACAAAGUGAAACAGCUCAGCCAGGAGUUUCAAGUUGAGAAGCAAAAGACUGGGCGAGUGGAGGCCAUGAUGAGAGAGCAGCGAGCAGCCAUGGAGAAAGAGCUGGGGAACAUGCAGGCGAAAGCACAGGGAAGCUACCAGGAGCUUCAAGCCAUGCAGAUAAAGUUUCAGCAGGUGAGGGAGCAGCUGGAAAGCCAGAUCUCACGGCUGCAGCAGGAGAACAGUAUCCUGAGGGACGCUGUCAGCUCAGCCACCAACCAGAUGGAGAACAAGAAUUCAGCAGAGCUGAACAAGCUGCGCUCAGAGUACGCCGCUCUGAUGAAAGAGCUGGCAGACAGCAACAGCAAGCUGCAGCAGGAGGAGCACCAGAGGAAAUCACUGGAGGUCAGCUACAAGCAGAACGUGUCCCAGCUGGAGGCCCAAUUGCAGGAUGCAAAACGCAGCUGGGAAGAAUUGCAAAACUUCCUCCACAAUGUCAAUGCCGAAAGAGAGAAACUUCAGGCCUCCAAGCAAGAGCUCCACAGCCAGUUGCUGGCAGCCGAGUCAGAGAUGAACAACAAGAACAAGGAGAUCCAGGGGCUCCACAGCAGCCUGACUGAAGCCAUGGUGUCUCAGGAGCGGCUGGAGCAGAGAGUGAUUGAAAUAUCCCAACGCAGUAUUUCUGAUGAAUCACUGCAGGUUCAGGAAUUGUUGAACGAAAACAAGAGUCUUCAGGUCCAGAAUGAAAGCCUGCAGGCCCAGUUCUCCUCUCAGGCAAACCAUAUCUCCCACAUUGAGGAGCUCCAAAAGCUACUUGCUGAAAAGGAACUGCAGAGAAAAAGUCUGGAGGAUUCUCUGAAUGCUGAGAGGAGCAGUGGGGCCAGUAGAGAGACUAACAUGCAGGCUUUGCACAAAGAGAACAUGUCAUUAAAGGCAGAACUUCAGAAACUGCAGGCCCAGAUUUCUGAACAGGCUGCUUCCCAGCUGGUUUUUGAGCAGUUCCAGAAGAGUGCCCUGGAGAAAGAGGAGAACAUGAAAACUGUGGAGGGCCUGCUGGAGAAAGGGCUAAUCGAGGUGGCCAACAAAGAGGAGGAGCUAAAGGCAGUAAGAGAAGAGAAAGAAGCACUUCAACACGAAAUUGAGAACAUUAAAAGAAAGCUGGAAGAACAGGAAUCCACACAAUUGGUAGAAGAACUCACAAGCAAGCUCCAAGAGAGAGACUUGAAGCUGAAAUCUAUUGAAGAGAGUCUACAAGCAGAACUGGAAACCCGCUCUUCCCAAGAGAAGACGAUUGAGGCUCUGCAGAAGCAGCUGGCUGACCUCAAGGAAGAUUUGGAGCAGCAGAAAAAGACAUCAGAGGAGCAGUCCAGUUCUAGUGUUCAGCUCAAAGAACUCCAGGAUCAGCUUGUAGUGAAGGAGCAGGAAACCCACCAGCUGCAGGCGGAGUUGGAGGCAAAGACGAAGGAGUUGUGUAAGAAGGCAGAGCAGGUAGAACAGCAGUCCCACGCAGGAGUGCCGAGCCCGGAGCUCCUCGCUGUGUUGUCAGAGAAGGAGCAGCAGCUCUGCAGUCUGCAGGGGGAGCUGGCUGAGCUGCGGGGCUCACUGGAGCUUCACAGGAAAAAGAACAACGAGCUUCGGGAGAAAAACUGGAGUGCAAUGGAAGCUCUAUCAGCCACCGAGUCCAUGCUUCAAGGAAAACUCAGCAAAGCUGUCAAGGAGCACGAAGCAGCGCUGGGUUUGUCUCAAGCUGAGUGUCGAGAUGUUCUGCACAGACUUCUGCCGCAUGUGCCUCUGCCUUCAGGACAGAACCAUCAGGAGUGGCUUCAAAGAUUCGAGAAGGCAGCAGCAGAAAGUGCAGCUGCACAAUCCAACCAAGCAUCACUGGACUCUGAGGGAUUGACUGAAAAACUGAAGGAAGCAGAGGAAACCCAACGGAAUCUACAGAAAGACUGUGAAACAUACAAGAAGGUUUUGGCAGAGACGGAGGGAAUCUUGCAGCGCCUCCAGAGCAGCGUUGAGCAGGAGGAGUCCCGCUGGAAGAUGAUGGUGCAGGCAUCGCAGGACGAGCUUAGAGAGAUGAGCCGGAAAGUUUUAAGUUUAGAGCAAGAGGUUGAAAGGCUGACUGAUGGAGGCGAAUUGGAGAAUCUGAGAAGAGAAAAGCAGCACUUGGAGUCUGAGCUAGAAAGGGCAGAGCACGAGAGCGCCACCUAUGUAACAGAAGUCAGAGAGCUCAAAGAUCUGUUGACUGAGUUGCAGACCAGACUUGACGGCUCUUAUACAGAAGCUAACAGACAGAAUGAGGAGCUGACUUUGCUGAAAACUCAGCUCACGGAGACGCUGUCCAAGCUGGAGGCGGAGGAGAACGAGAGGCAAAAGGUUGCUGGUGACCUUUACAAGGCCCAGCAGUCUCUUGAACUCAUCCAGGGGGAGCUCUCAAAUCUGACGGACAGCACUGACGACUUGAUCGAGAACAGCAGUCUGUUGUCACAGACGGAGGAGAUGGACAAGAAGGAGAAGAUGACUGCAGGGCUGAAUCAAACCGUUCGAGAAAUGCAGCAGCUGCUUCAAGCUGUCAGCAAACAACUCACUAAGGGACAAGAUGAAGAGGCUGAAAAAGACCAUCCUAAGGUAUAGUGGGAGCAGAGCAAAGCACCUUGCAGCCACUCUGACUGCACUACACAAAGGCCACCUUUGAGCUUCAAACCUUUUUUCCACCCCACUAUACUUCCCGCCACAGCCAGCCACCUCCCUCAACACCCCACCCUCUGCACCCACAUUUUAAGAAGCCUGUUGGCUACCAGGGAGCAGGCAACGGUUCAUUUCUCAACACUCCAAGCACAGCACCAAAACACAAACUACUCCACUCCAGCCACAUUCCUUAGUGUUUUUUUUUUUAAUGAUUUUCUGUUUUGCACCAUCAUUUUUAUUUCUGUCUCUAAAAUGACCUCAAGCAUAAGUUAAACUGUUUGGAAACUGUUCCUGUGUUUUAAAGCACCUGUGUUGUUCAAGUGAAACCCUUUUGAAUACUACAGUCUGUUUUAUUUGUCUAGGCCAGAGAGGUACAGGUUUCCAGUUUAUUGAACAACCUGUUUUUUUUUCCAGUCUUUUUUUUCUUAACUUAAGGACAUGUAUUGUUUAAAUGUACCAGUUAGGACCUGCUGAAAUACACUAUUGUUUCUGAUCUGAUGAUUUGCCUUCUGACUCCAGAACUAAACUGUACAUCCUCCACCCAUUGCUCCUUGUGUACCUUGGUUCAGUAUUUGGGAGACGGAAGACCCGAAAGAGGUCUCAGCAUGUCAGACAGGUCACUGCGUGACUAAGUUUGGUGAUGCAUGAACAACUUGUAGUCACGUCUGUACUGCAGCUGUUAAGAGAAGGGAGUCUGUGACCUCGGAUGUGAAAGGAAGUGGUUUAAAGGUUUUUAAUCCUACUGUAACUACUCUAGAAAUAAGCAUCCCAUAUCAUAUGUAAUCAAAUCUGCUAAAUUGUUAAGUUCAUUAACACUGAAGAGUUUUUUUGUAAUGGGUGAUGUUAAUAAAAGGGAUGCUUAAUAAAUAA